GGAUCAUGUUUUAAUAAUUUAAAGUUUUAGAUAUUAUGUGAAUUAGGUUUUUAUUGUACUACAAAAGUAAAUAAAGCAGUGCUGCCAACAUCAUCAGUUUUCAUGGCGAUUGACGAAGUGAAGUUGAGUCGUCUACGUUUAUUCUGAAUCUUCAUAGUUUUAUUGAUUGUAUUCAUUUAGAAAUAUGUUUUGUAACAAUUAAACGCCUUAUGUUUAUGAUUUGACAGUGAAAUAUCAACAAAUGUGUGAAAUUAUGGUUUGUUCAUUAGCUGUUUUGUUAACAGCUACGUGUGCUCAUACAUUAUUUUUAUAGUAACGCUUUAACAUAAAAAUGGUUACUUCUAAUAAACAACCCGAUAAAAAAGUGGUAAAAAUGGCCGAGCAAAAUAGUGCUGCAGUGGUGCCUCAGAGAACUCUAAUAGGCGAAGUCAACGAGCACAUAACAUGCCCUUUAUGUCGGGGAUAUUACAUAGAUGCAACAACGAUUGUAGAAUGUUUACACUCCUUUUGCCGAAGCUGCAUUAUAAAACAUUUGAAAGCGAAAAGUUAUUGCCCCGUUUGUGAAAUGAUGAUCAAUGCAGCCAAGCCAAAUAUCAAACUUGACAAAGCACUUCAAGACAUUGUGUACAAACUGGUACCAGGACUUUUCCAAAAGGAAAUGGAACGGCGUCAACAAUUUUAUUCUUCGAGACCUGGCCCAGCUGCUUCAGCCACUCCUGAACAGAGGGGUGAAGAUACAGAAAGGAUAAUAUUUAGCCCAGAAGAUGUGAUUUCCUUCUCAUUGGAAUAUUCUGAUGCUACUGACACUGAUAGCAUAUCUAGUAAGUCCUCUGACAGCAAUGAGCCUCAGCCUUUAUCAGCAACAUCUAGAAGGUUCCUGCAAUGUCCUGCUGUUGUAAAUAUUAAUCAUCUGAAGAAAUUUUUAAGUAUGAAAUUUGAUAUUGACAGUGGUCAAUUUGCUAUUGACAUCUUGUACAAAAGAGUUCCUUUACCAGAUUAUUAUACCCUAAUGGACAUAGCUUACAUAUACAAUUGGAAACGCAAUGAACCAAUGAGAUUUUUCUACCAAAUAACAGAUUAUGUAGCUAUUAGAAACAGAUUGUUUGAGAUUAACAGAAAAGGAUCUGCAUCAUGUCACUUUAGAGAUAGAAAGUCAAGUCCAGGUUCAACAGAAGAUCCUAAUGCUGGUAGUCCUGCUCCACAUUUAAAUGACCAAUCUGAAGCUUCUUCUGGAACUGACAGCCCAAUGCCAGAAGAUGUUGGUAAGCAAGCAAGUGAUAUAUCAAAGAAACAUGACAGUGCAGGACAACACAGUAAAGAAAUGGCUGAUAAAUUGAAUCUUAAUAAAAAUUCCUGUAUGUCUCCUAAAAAGAAUGAUGAUGAAGUUGAAAAGUCACAGUUUUUAAAUUCUUUUGAACUGACAGCAAAAAGUAUGUUGCCACUAAAGUCUUCACCUGUAAAAUCAGAUGAGCAGGCUGCAACAAAUGAGUCUCCAUCUAAAAGUCAGUCCAAAUCAAAUAAAGCUGAUGAUGAAAAACCAAAUGAACCAGUGAAAAGGAAACACCAAUCAUCGCCUCAUGCUCCAGAUUUAAAGAAAGUGAAAAUUGAACUUGAAAAGAGUAAAAUUACAAACUUAUCUGUUGCCCCUGGGGUCUCCAAUUCACCAUCACCUAAUUUGAAUAAAGUUGGUGAAACUAUACCAAAGGGAAAAGAAAGUGAAGGAGCAUCUAAGAGCUCUCAACCAAUCCCAGCAGCUGUUCAUAAUUUACCAUCUAAUGUGGCAGUUCCUACUAAAGACAUCAGACAGCAAGUAGUUCCUUCCAAACAAGAUGGACCUGGAGUGAAAAGGACUGUUUCAGGACCUCAAAACACUUCAUCACCUAAAAGAAAACCACCCCAUGACAUUCCAGGGUCAAUGCCAGCACCUACAGCAGCACAGAAAACAAUUUCACCUCUAAAACUACAAUUGCCCAAACCUGAAGGGGCUACAGCAAAUGCAAAGACUCCUGAAGUACAAAAGCCUCCUCUGAAAAAGAUGCCUGAUUUAAAACCUAGUGUUCCUAUGUCUCAAUCAUCUCAAAACAAAGGACAACAAGUUAAUAAAGUCAGAAUGGAUCUCUUAGCUAACAACAGUGACCCAACAAUAGAUAGAAGUAAAAUAUUAUCUCAAGUGAAAUCUUCACUUGGUGCACCAAGCACACCUACAACUCCAUCUGGUGAUCCUUUAAAAUCCUUAUUUGACUCAUGUAAAAUUAAUAUACCAUCAUCAUUGUCUAUUACAUUAACAGAUCAAAAGUUAGAUCCGCGUAAUCCUGGUGAAACCGCAACUCCAGAUCCUAAAAAGAAUAUGGUGAAUAAAAACCUAACUGGAGCUAGUAAUGCCACGCAUAAAGUUCCAAGUCCUCCAGUCCAUAACUAUAUAGAAAUCUUAAAGCUUCCAGAUACUGACCCUAAAAAACAAAAAUCUGAUGCUAAUGAUAACAAGUCUGGUAAUCAACUUGGUAAAGCAGAGGGCUCUGCAACACAAUCCAAAACACCAGGUAAAUCUUCAGAAACCUCUGCAAAAGGUCCUGUUCCUAACUUAAAACCAAUUUCUGAUACAAAACUAGGAAAACAAAGUGGUAAUUUCUCAGCUCCCAUAACUUUUCAACAAACAUUUGAACAACAGUUGCAAAGCUUGCAAACUGAUAAGAAGUCAAAAUUACCAAAAAAUAAAGCUCAAGUACCCAAGCUUAUGCCUGCUACUCCUAAGUCAUUAAACGCAGCUAAUAAGCCUGGCAAUGCAGCCAACAAGACUGUUCCAAACAACAUGCCUGUCCUAGAAAAUAAACCAAAUGCUGCCCUUGAUCUUUCUACACCUCAUAAUAUGCAAACCCAUCUGGCACAACAACCAACCUUCCAUAAAGCCUUUGAAACAAUGCAGUCCAUAGAUAACUUAGCCAAGAAGCAAAAUUUACCUGCAAAAGGUUUGCCCCUUACCAUGGCCCAAAACAACUCCUUUCCUAGUAGUAUGACAAAUAGGCCCUUAACUUCAGGUGUCAGUCCAUUAAGAAUUCCAUCUGCUGCUAAUAUAAAUCAAUUGAAAAUGGAUAAAGGAAGCCCAAGUGGUUCCCAGAUGCCUAAUAGGCAGGAAGUUCCUAGUAACAAGUCAAACCUGAUGAAGCCUUCAAACAGUGGAAGUCCCUCUGUGUCAUCUCCUGGUUACCAAAUGAAUCCUCAUGCUUCUCCCGGAGCAACCCAACCCUCACCUAGAUCACAAACGCGUUCACCAAGUUCCUCGCCUAAGUUAGUUAUAGCUGAAGAAAAACAAGCUGGUAGUUCUGGCUUAGAACAAAAUAUAAACCAGUCAAAUCAAAUCACUAGUACUCAAAUCCCCAAUAUAAAUUCUCCAAACAAUGAUCCAUCAAAAUCUUCACCAGGGCCUUCAAAGUCAGGAUUGAAGCCUGUUCCCUCCGCAGGCAAAAUGACAGGUUUAAGACAACCCCUAGCCCCUUCUAUGAAAUCAAAUCCUUCCAUGAAUGCUUCUGCAGAGUACCUCAUGUCGCAGACACGCCCACAACUUAUUCCACAUCACCAUGUACUCCUUAGGCAUCAGAUGGAAAUGAAUGCUUGGCUUAAAGCUCAACGACAACUCGAUUUAAUUAAGACUAUGUCGACUAAUAUGGCACAUCAGAAUCAAAAUGACUUUAACAAUAAGGACAAGCAGUACCAAUUUGUUUUGAUGAUGACCAGUGUUCAAGUUACUAUUCCAUUUAAGCCCCGUAAGAAAGUUUAUGUGGACGAUGAAGAUGAGGUUUCAAACGAAAAUAAAAAUACUUUAAAUAUUAAGAAAUCCAGCCGAAAUUUGAAGAGACAUGUAGACGAUGAUCUGAAGAAAUGUGUUGAUGAUGACGACAUCCCUGUGAAAGUAUCAAGAAAAGAAGUUUCGGCUGCUAAACUUUUGGCAAAGAAGAACAGUGAAGAGGUAUGUUUAAAACCCCUUACAAGCCGAGAGAAAGAGAUCGAAUUUUUAGAUAAUUUGUUAAGCGAACAUCUUGAGAAGGAGCAAUCAGCUUCGUUGUAUGUUUCUGGACAGCCGGGCACGGGAAAAACUGCGAGCUUGUCGUAUAUUUUGCAACUACCUAAGUUUCAAGACGGAUUUAAACAAGUGUAUGUUAACUGCACUAUGAUGAAGUCAGCAGCUAGUAUCUACAACAGAAUAUGUAAAGAGCUCCAGGUGCCCACUUCAGGAUCUACGGAAAAGGCUUGUUGUAACGCGAUAGAAAAAUAUUUGAAUAAGAAGCAUAAAAUGAUACUACUAGUUUUAGACGAGAUAGACCAGUUAGAUAGCAAGCGCCAAUCAGUUCUGUACACAAUAUUUGAGUGGCCAGCAAUGGCGAACUCGCGUAUAGUACUAAUCGGGAUCGCCAACGCACUUGACCUGACUGAGCGGACUCUGCCGCGGCUGCAGGCGCGUUGCUCCUUACGCCCCGUCACACUACACUUCGCGCCCUAUACCAAAGAACAGAUUAUCAAUAUAUUUACUACAGUAUUGGCUAGUGAGGACAAAAGCAACGUGUUUUCACCUGUAGCUUUGCAAAUGCUCGCAGCUAAAAUUGCCGCUAUCUCAGGAGAUAUGAGAAGAGCUCUAGAUAUUGGACGCAGAGUUAUAGAACUUGCGAAGAGAACCAAAUUUUCUGAAAAUAAGUCAAUUGACAACAUGAUGCAAGACUCCACAGUAACAGUCGAGCUAAAACAAGUACUGGAGGUACUAAACGAGGUGUACGGCGGUUCUAAAAAAAUAGAAUCGGAUGUCGAAGACGGCUUCCCGCUGCAACAGAAACUGAUAUUAUGUAGCUUAAUGCUAAUGUUGACCAAAGGGAAAAUUAAAGAAAUCGUUAUGGGGAAACUACAUGAUGUUUACAAAAAGGUGGCGGCAGCGCGCAACAUCCUGCCGCUAGACAUGUGCGAGAUGAGCGCGGCGUGCGGGCUGCUGGAGGCGCGCGGCGCGCUGCGCGUGUCGGGCGGCGCGGGGCGGGGCGCGCGCGCCCGCCGCCUGCGCCUGCACUGGGACCGCGCCGAGCUCGCCGGGGCGCUGCGGGACAAGCCGCUGCUCGCUGCCAUACUCGAUGACGUCAACUGCUUGGCGUCCUAGCACCACACUCACCGAUAGCUAGCAGUAAGGAACACGCAUUUUAGAUUUAAUUGUUACUUGAAUAUAACCAGUACUUCUGGAUUUCUUUAGGCGACGAAUUGACGGUGCAGAAACGUCCAGCAGUUAGAAAACUAAAAAAUCAUAAUAUGGUGUACCAAGUUAUGCUCGAAAACCAGUUUGCUAUGGCUUUUUAUAUAACUAGGUUAACUAACAUCCUACUAAUUAUACAAGUGCACAUAUUUUAAGAAUCUGUACGACGCCUAAUGGGUCGAGUAUAUUUUAUGUGAAAACGAAAUCAUUUUUAAUGAUAGAUUGUGAUUUUGCAAAUUGUGAAUGUUAAUGCAAGGUUGGACGAUUUUCUGACGAGAAUAUUACUAUCUCUUUAGAACAUAAUGUUCGUUUUGCAAUAAGUCGUAAUGUUACGAAAUGCAAGGCAUUUGUUAGUUUGCCUUGCUGACUGACUGAAAUUAAGUGCUUUUUAACGAAAUACUAGUGAGCCUGUGUUUGUUAAUUAUGGUAUGAGAGCGGACAGACGAAAAUAUCUUGAAUGUUAAUUGGAAUUGUUACUAUUUCUAUGUACCAAUUGAACAGGAUAAUUAUAAUGUAUAGAGUAAGUUUUAUUGAUGUAUGUACAUUUUUGAAUGAAGUGUUUACUUACUUUAAUAUUUAUUCAAUCUUUUUUUAAUUACUAUAAGGAAUUGUCUCGUUAGUUUUUUGUAGUAUUAUACAAGCAUAGUAGGGAAUAAAAACUCGUAAGUCCCUACAAACUAAAGUUAUAAGUUAAGCUUAGAUUGAAAUAAUGCCUGCUUGAAUCUUUGCCAGGCAGAUAGAUAAAAAAUAUAACAAUCACAUCUUUGCAUGCUAGUUUUUUGGAACUUUAUUUAUUAAAGGUUUCAUUAUGAAGUUCACUUUAAACAUUAAUCUUAAAGUACAAUCGACAUUGAUAUCACCUCUCUGAUUGCCAGUUUCUAGGUUAUAAGGUGACUGACUACACGGAACAACAGGUUUUUUUUACUUUGAUGAUAUCUUGACAUGUAUUUUGGUUGUAAACAAGUCUCAAAUCCCACUGACAAUGCGAGAUAACCAAAGAACUAGAGGAAUAUUGAUGCUUAAGUGAAAUGAGGUCAAUUCCAUAGAAAAAUGAUGAAGAAAGAUUAUAAAGCUUUCUGAAAACGACAUAAAAGUUGGGAGUGUUUACAUCAUGACGUUUUUUUUUAUUUUUGUUUUAAUCCCAGCUUCUACAUUUAACUAUUGCAAUUAUUUUAUCAAUUGAAAAAAAUAUAUGACACCAUCGAGUCCUAACAAAACAUUUUUUCAAGGCCAUGUAAAUUUAAAAUAUUUUGUUGAUGCAACCAUGACAAAUAAUGUAAGCUAAUCUUCAACUAUUCUUCAAUGGUUUGAAAUAAUGAAUACUUCUCACGCAUUGCAAGUUGGAGCACUUGUAAGAAGGUUGAAAGUUACUGGAACUGGAACUGUUUUUACUAACUCAAUUAUUCUUCUUAGCAUAGUAAUUUCGGUGUUAAUAAUAUUUAGUUCUAUAGAAAUUGUAAAUACUGUGUUAUGGUAGGUAUUUAUUUGCUUGCAGAAAAUAUGGGGUACCUUACCUAUCUUUUUUUUUUGUUUUGUGUUGAAGUUGAGUUCGAAUAUAAUGUAAACUGCCAAACUGUAUAAAUGGUAGCUAUAAUUUCUCUACGUUGUGAGUUUCGUUAGCCAAUUUAGAUAUGCUUAAUGUUUCAGCACUUUGUUUGGUAAACUUGACCAAAUUGUUAGUUUGACUUUCAUAUCCUUAUAGAAAUUCAUGUUUCAUUAUACGUAUUUAACGUUGCUAGUAAUUAUGGAUAUAUAUUAUAUUAAUACUGCGUUACCUUCAGUUCUUUUUGGUGUUUUUGAAAAUUAUGUGACCCCAAUCUGUACCAAUAAGGUUUUUAAAUUUAUAAUCUUGAAUAACUGUUUAUUAAGUUUCUCUUAAAAUGUUUGUAUUUAAGUUUUAAUUCUUUCUUAUGUUCAGUUAUGUACUUUCACUGGUUUUAUCUUUUAAUGUUUUAUUAAAUUUGGUAAGAUAUUGAUAUCAAUUUUAAGUGUGGACUUAUAUACAUUUGUAUGAUUGAAUAAAAAAACAUUUUGUAAACAAA